CAGAUACGGCUCUAUUAAGGUGUAACGAAGGCACGUUUCGCGUGCGUAAGAUAUACGGAGAUGGCAACUGCAUGUUUAGGGCGAUCAGCUACAUUUUAUGGCGAAACGAGGAGGAGCAUCAAUCGCUGCGAACAAUGGUUGCACAGCACAUUAAGGACAAUUGGCGGGAGUACGGUCCGUUUGUGAUGGCUGAGUGGAACAUUUCAGAUCGCCAAGAGUAUUACGAUUACAUGAGCUUGGUGGGCACGUUUGCCAGCGAGCUGGAAUGCACCGUGGCCACCAAGCUCCAUCGUAUGAAUCUAUCAAUUUAUCGUGAGCUCGCUGGCAGAUACGAACUCGAAUUGGUUUUCCACAACCGCGUAAACGCUAAUUAUGAGACCGCCAGGCUUUUGUUCACCGGAUGUUCAGAAAAUGGUCAUUAUGACGUGUUGUUACCUGAUUACGAAGUCUUUAUAUGAGACAAUGGGUGAGUUCGCAAAAAUGGAUAAAAAUUGGAAUACAUAUAAUUUUUAAUGAAAUUAAAUCAAGAUAUCAAAAAUUUGAGGCUCUCGCGCUGAUCAGUUCUGGUUUCCGGGUUGAAGCCGCCUUUUGUAUUUUCGUAUAAAUUACAAAAAUCUUUAUUUAGUGCAAUAUUAAUUUAUAAUGCUUUCUAAUUCAAUAGUAUAGUAUAAAUAAUUAAUUAAAAUAUCAAAUUAAAUCUAUUAAUUUUACAAACUGUCAACCGUUAAUAGUUUGUUCCACUUCUAAUUAAUUCGCCAACAGAAAAUGUAAAUUCCCACACGCAUGGUAGUGGCCUCAGGAAUGUUUCACGCUCCAUGAGCAAGAACAGGAUUUAAAAAGAAUCACAUCCCUACGUGUGAAGCCACUGUGUGAACCUCGUUAUUGCACUAUAUAUCACGCAACUAAAAUACAAAA